AUGUCUAGAAACAUUUACGCUAGGAGAACUAUCAACUUAAAUGCUGCAAGAACAUCUGGAAUGUAUUCCACACAUCCAUGGAGAGAUAACAUGGCACUGAGCAUUCUGGUUGUGGUUUGGAUGUGCAAGACGAGUUCGAUCGGCUAUUUGUCCGAGAUUGUAUACUGUAACCUCUCGCUACAGUUGAGAGCUAGAUUCUUGCAUUCAUGA